AACUCUCUACCCCCCAAACUGAUGAAGUACGGUGAAUUAACUCAUUUCAGCCACCCUCAACACAAACUUAGGGUUGAGUACUCAGAGUUCCCAUUCAAGUGUGACGGUUGCAAAGAAGUUGGGAUAGGAUCUCGUUUCAAAUGCUCCAUUUGUGACUAUGAUCUCCACAAGCAUUGUGCACUUCCGCAACCAAACUCUAUGAUUCGUCAUCCAUUCUAUCCUAAAUGUACAUUUCAGUUUCUGUCUCGCCCACCAGGGAACACUGCUCGCUAUUGUAAUGCAUGUCAGCGUGAUGUUCAUGGAUUUGUCUAUCAUUGUUUCACCUGUGGAUUUGAUCUUCAUCCUUGCUGUGCAAAUCUCCCACAUGUGCUUGAUGCAGAGGGAGGGGUGAGGUUAUUCCUGUACCGAAAGGUAGGAGCAUCAUGUCAUCGCUGUGGAAGGCGAGGAAGAAGCUGGACAUACAGGACCUCCUGCAAGAAAUACAACCUCCACGUGGCUUGCGUGAUGGAGAUGCUGGUUGAGAGCUGGCACGAGAUUUAUAUCGGUACUAGAGGUGGAGGUGGUGGAUGGGGAAACACGGGCACAAAGGGAUUGGUGAGUGGAACUAAGGUUCCGAUCAUUAGAGGAGCAGGAAUCAAUCAACACAGAAGAAAAGGGAAGAUGAAGAAGUGCUGUGAAGUGGCUGCUUUGGCUGUUCAGUUCAUAAUCUCAGCGGUGUUGGGGGAUCCUACAGCGAUUAUUGCUGGAGUUGUUGGAUCUUUUAUUUCUAGAUGAUGGUGGUAAAACAAUUGGAAGCUUUUGAACUAUGUGAAAUUCAUAGAAUAGUAGAGGCUGGGGUAAGUUAGUUAAUAUAUGAGGAAUGCUUAUUGGACUUAAAAGUUCAUGUACACAAGUGUAACUCGUGCCAAUGAUCAUAAGAAGAAGUGCGUGUUUCUGGUGAUCUGGCAUAAAUUAUCGAUAACCAAAUUUG